AUGACGGAUAUCCCAACAGUCAAGGCUGCAUUCAAUGCCGCCGAUCAGUUUUUGCAUCCCAUUUUAGAUCGAGAUGAAAUUCGCAAGAGGCCUGGAAACUCGAUUGUUGAAAUUCUAAGUCGGCAUCCGUCAACCUCCAGCACAGACGAUGAUUCACAGGCUCGCUUUUCGGUAAUAGAAGAAGCACUUCAACAUCUUGAGAGCAUCCAUAGCGCCCUUGUGUCUGCGGUAAAUGCUCGCGAUGAGUCUCAGCAACAACUGGAAGAUGCUCGUGAAGAUGCCAAGAGACGUCGAGUUAUCUAUACGCUACUGGACUUGAUUUCCAUCGAGGGUGUAUACCCAUGCCUGUCUACAGGUGUCGGGAUACCAUUGGAAAAGAGAGUGAUCUCCAACCUGCCCACGGGUGUUGUUGCUAGACAGGCUCCUGAAAUGACCAGCGACAAGCCACGGAAUGAGGUGCUUCUUUAUCGAAUUUUACUGGCAUUGACAAGUAUCUUGCUAAAUGAGUCCGAUGGAGGAAUUCAAUCCUUGCUUCAAGGACGAGUCUUGAGCGAUGUCAUAAGUGCUGCUGCUGAUCUUGCAUUCAACUCGCGUCAAAUAUCUGAUGGAGAGAGGAUUAACGCGCAACAGAUAUUUGAGAAAAUUAUUGCUGAGACUCCCACCUCUCUUCUAUUACCCAUACUUUCCUCAUUUCUACAGCCAAAUGCAGCGCCAUGGUUUAAGGCUUUGAUCUCCAGUCGUAUAUCGAAACUUGCUUUGCGGAGUGAUGGAGUCAUUCACAUCAUAUGGUUCCUCGCCUCUCAAUUCGCUCCUGCACUAGGAGAAGGUGUAGAUGCCUCGGAGCCAUCUUCCAAUGGACCUCCUAUCACUGUCCAGGCCAUUAUGCAAAUUUCCAAGUUGCUAUCGUCUGUUCCGCAAGAUACUGAUCCGACAUAUUACUUCGAGGCUAUCGCCCCGCAACUUCUGACCUUGAUUGAUAGCGAAGAUGCCGACCUUAAACGCACUGCAGCAUAUGUGGUGGGUAACGGAAUUCUAGGAAAGAAGGCAUAUGGUUCUCCGGGCACCAUCGGUCACUCUAUCUUCGUGGAGCCUCUAUUCAAAGCAAUGACUGGAACAGUAGAUACAAAGGCUAGCAAGUGGCUCAAGUUUUUUGGUCCUCAAGGUCAGGCUACAAUGCAGCCGUAUACAGCUCCAACCGAUAUCCUAGUUGAGGGAUCAACGCUAUCACUAGCUUUAGACAGAUUGAGCGUCAUGGCUUUACAGCACCCCAAUCCUGGGCUAGUCAAGCGCUUAGUCCAGCCGAUUUUACUUCCCUUGUGGGGCUUGACGUGCUUCACUCAACCCAGGAAGGACGAAAAGGUCUUAUACGACAAAAGCUGGGCGCUGCUGCAGACUUUCUUUACUCUAUCACCAGGCUUUCCUUCCUAUCUGAAAUUGGCCGAUAAUCUUCUGUGGGACGGAAGCAUCAACUGGACGUAUAAAGAAGGCACUCGCGGUGAUGUGAAUCUAAUCAAACGUGAAGCAUCUGAAUUCGAUAUAAUCAAAUUGCUGGACGAACUGGACUUGCAUGCAGACAAUUUCUCAAAGCUACUCGGUUGCGACCCUCGAAGUGAGGAUCGUACAAGUGAUGUCUUCCUCCAUGUCAGCGAGCGGUGGCUGAUUGACUCAUCAAAACAAACGGUUGAUGCCCUCAAUCUUCUGGACAACUUACAACUAGAUCCCAGGACGGAAUCAAAUGCUAUCGUGGCAAAGUUGGUCAGUGCCAAAAUAGCUGAAAAGCUUCUUAGUGACUUCAAGGAUACUUUGUCCCGACGGCCACUGAAAAUCCUCGAGCUCGCACAACAAAUUAUACAAAGCGAGCUCAAAGCGAUGCAUGACAGAGGUCGAAGAAGAAGAAUACGUGAAAGUGGGAAAGCAUCUCUUGAAUCUCUAGCCAAUAUUGCAACAAGGUCUGUUGAUAUACAAGCAGCUGAAAACGAAGACGAUGACCAGAAUACUUCAGAGACGCUUUCUGCUACAUUCAGUCUUCUAUCUAGCAUUUUGUCAUCUCCUGAAUUUGUAAUGUCGCGAUCAAUUCUUCCCUUGUUAUCAGAAAUCAAGUCGCAAUUAGAUGAAUUGCGUCCGAGUCUUACACCUGCUUUAUCGAAAGCAGGUUUCACAGCUUCUAUGCUACUGGAAAUUCAGAUAGAGUCUCCUGAUGGAACACAGAAAACAAAUGAGUCGACUCCACCACAAAACACAGACCUGGAAAUGCACCACCAGGCCUUGAAGGAUAUUACAUCCCCGCUGCCACCAGUACAAGCAGAAGGUCUUUCACUACUAUCCAAACUCAUCUCCAAAUCCUCCCCCGUGCUCGACAUUCCUUCCACAAUGACCCUUUUGCUAUCAAUCAUAACCGGUCAAAGUUCCGAAACUGCCGCAAAUGAAGAAUUUAUUUAUUUGAAUGCAAUCAAACUCAUCGGCCAGUUGGCAUCAAACCAUCCGCGUACUGUCAUCAAGACCCUCGUGGAUCAGUACGCCGAUAGAAACGAGGAAAGAACACUAGAUCAACGACUCAAGAUUGGAGAGUCGUUACUCCGCACAGUUGAAGAUCUAGGCGAAGCUCUGACGGGUGAGGCCGCACGCAUCAUCGGCGAGGGCAUGAUAUCCGUCGCCGGCCGACGCGGAUCCAAACCUCAAACCCAAAAGGCUCGAAGACAACAAAUCGAAAAGGAGCAACGAGAAAAGGAGCGCAAAGAGCGAGAAAACAACCUCAAUUUGCCAGCGGGUUGGAAAGUGUCCUCGCCCGCUCUGCAUGAUACAGCGAUGGAUAUCGAGACACUGCUUCCGGACAACGAAGACUCUGAGACCGAGACACCCGAGCAAGCAGCUCAUUCAGCAAGCAUCAUUUCAGCCUGGGCUUCCGGCGCCGCCUCAGACAUCGAACCAGAUGACAUCCGCGUCCGGGCUUCGGCAAUCUCCAUCCUCGCAAGUGCGAUACAAACUAAUCUAGCCGGUCUAGGACCAAGUCUUGCAUCUUCGGCUGUUGAUCUCGCGUUGUCAACAAUGAGACUCGAAACAGGGCCCGAGAGCGCAAUUUUACGACGUGCCAGUGCAGUUUUACUCCUCGAUUUGAUCAAAGCUAUGGAUACAGAUCUACAAACUGGAUCGAAGAAACUCGGUUUCGGCUUUUCGAUCAGUGCAGAGGACUAUCCUCUAGACGAGCCAGCUUCCUUGCGCGGCCCGACUACGAUUGGGAAUAUACCUAGUAUUCUAAAUACGUUGAGAUAUGUGGAAAGUCAAGAGACUGAUGUUGUUGUUCGGGGUCAUGUACGCGUGUUAGUGGAAAACCUGGAAACAUGGAUGGAGAAGUGUUUACUCUGGGGUAUUAAUGCGCAGUCUUCUAUGAGAGGGGGUGGUGAACAGGAUCUACAUUUGGGUGAUAGAAUUGCUGGGCUGGAUCUUGAUCCGUUGGCUUCUACACCACGACCUAGAAUUGAAGAGAUUGAGUGA